AUGGCCGAUCGCGACGACGCGUGGGAACUCCUCGAACGCGACGCGCGCGUCGCGGCGUCGAGGGAGACCCGAGCGGAGGGACGCGAGCGGAAAGACGGUGACAUCAUGGAAGAUUCCGACGGGCGGCGACGGCGCGACGAUGGAUCGACGCGACGACGACGACGUUCGCGCGAUCGCUCGGAACGAUGGAGUGGAUCGGAUGAUGAUGGUGGUAGGAACGACCGCGGACGACGCGGGCGCGGACGACGAAGUCGAAGCGAGUCGAGGGAUCGCGACGGACGACGGGGACGGGACGGAGACGGACGCGGACGGAGACGCAGACGGGAUGAUUCUCGCGACCGUGAGCGACUGUCGACGCCGGAGAGAGAGGAAGAACUGGAGAGGAAGCGACAGGAGCGCGAGGCGGAACGGCAGAAGCGGGAGAUGGAGAAACUCGAUCGGGACACGCGGACGGUGUUCGUCACCAAUCUGAGUACGAAGCUCGACGAGCGAGGGAUCUUUAAAUUCUUCAGCAAGGUGGGAAAGGUGACGGACGUGCGGAUCAUCUACGACAGGAACUCGACGACGAGCAAGGGGAUGGCGUACGUGGAGUUUUCGGAUCGAAAGUUUAUUCAUCCCGCGCUCGAGUGCACGGGGAUGGAGCUGCACGGAAACGCCAUCUCGGUGAAGACGAGCGAGGCGGAGAAGAACAUCGCGUGGGAGGCGGAGCAGGCGCAAAAGAAAAAACUCGGUGCGGCGUAUGGCGCGGCGGUGUACGGCGCUGGGGGAGGUGCCGGACCGUGCAAGCUUCGAGUCGGUGGUUUGCACCUCGCGCUGAGCGAAGACGAUAUCAAGGCGGUGUUUGAGCCGUUCGGCCAGCUCGACUUCAUCUCAAUGCUCAAGGAGGACGACGGCAAGUACGCGAGUGCGUUCGUGCAGUUCAGACAGACGUCGCAGGCGAUGUUGGCGUUGUCGCAAUUGAAUGGAUUAGAGCUCGUCGGGAUACCGAUUCGCGUGUCCAUCGCUAGUCAAGGCGCGACGGCGGCGGCGAGCACCAUGGUGGCGCCCACCGAGUCUCUCGGUGAACUCGACGAGGACGGCGGCGGCUUGAAGAUGGAUAGUCGCGGUCGCGCCGCGCUCAUGGCUCGAUUGGCGGGUCAAGACAAGGAGAUUGAAAAGGGUUUCACCAUUGAUCCCGCCACGGGUUUACCGACCACGGUGGACGCCAUCAAACCCAUCGAUGCGCCGGGCGAAGAUCUACCGCUUGCGGCGCAGCCAAUCACGCAGGGUGUUCUCGGUCCAGGUUCACCGAUCCCGACACCGUGUCUGUUGCUGAAGAACCUGUUCAACGCCGCCGAAGAAACGGAUCCCGAGUGGUGGUUGGACAUCGCCGAGGACGUCAAGGGCGAGUGCGAAAAGUUUGGUGAGAUCACACACACCUUUGUGGACAAGGACAGCCAAGGAUUUGUGUAUCUCAAGUUUGCCGACGUCGCGUCGAGCACGCGCGCGCAGCAGGCACUCCACACGAGAUGGUUUGCCGGUAGAAAGAUAGCAGCAGAGUACCAGUUUGCGGCGACGUACAACGGACACUUUGGUCUGAGUAAAUGA